AUGACGAAUAACCCCACGAAUGACUUUGGCUCCAUUUUCAGAAACACUACGCCUGCAACCAAUGGGGGUAAUGUGAGUUCUAUCAAUGGAGUCGGUCAUAACCACGAGAGCAAUAACUCUGACUCGACCGACGGGAAUGUCAUUCCUACUCUUUUCAAAUCGCCAAUCAGAUCCAAAAUAAGUUUACUGAAGCUUACCAUUGAUGGAAUAGUGCUGAACUCGUCUGACUCAAGCUUGCUCAUCCGUUGUUUGAACUUAGGUGAGCUCCAAACUCUCAGUCUGCUGGAUGUAUCUGAAGUCAUGAAAGAAGCCCGUUUUGAGACCGGGUUGCCUCAACUCUCAGCCGAAACACAAAUCGAAAUGUUUGACGGAAUAGACCCCGAAGAGGCGGAAAAUAUCAGAAUGGAGAGCCUGGUACCACACAGAAUAUACGAGAAAGACUCCUUUUUUCUCGUGAAGAUAGCUCCAUACCUCACCAGUUUGAAAGAGCUAAACAUUGACCACUACAACGAUCAUUGCGACUUUACACCCCAUUUGAUAUCAGAGGUAUCCGGCCUCCAGAAAUUGUAUUGUCGUCUAAGAUGGAAUAGAACCAAAGAGGUGUUUGGCAAUGAGGGAUGGAACCAUUUGACACUCAAAUACAUGCAAGCAAUUGGUGGUCAUAAUGAAAGUUUACAACACUUGAUCAUUGACACUCUGAAUGAGUCCAAUGGAAAUGUGUCUCCUAUUUUCCAAAACGGUCACGAGACCAAACUGGAUGAUGGAGAGGUCAAGGCUAUUCCUAGUUUUGCAUUCAGGCAAUAUUUGCCUCAAAUGCGUCAACUCAGAAGUCUGAGACUGCCCGUUUCGCAAAAACAUAUUCUCUCCCUGAUGGAGUCCGUUGCCGAGCUCACCCAGUUGGAGUAUCUUGAGGUGAUUCUCGUUGAGUAUAGCACCAUGCAGGACAAUUUCAACCGAGGAACUGGUCAAUACGGAGGAGCCAGAACAGGGCCUGGUCCUCAUUUGGGGACACUACUAUCACCAUCUACUUCAUCGCAGUGUCUACAAUUGACCGAUUCAGAAACAGUCAACCUCAGAGACGCCAAGAAAAUACUCGACCCUCAAAAUCUCAUGCCCCAAAACAUCAGUCUAAACAAGGUUCUCCAAAUUGCGAAAUUGUUCAAGAUGUAUAUUGGAGAGAGGUCGCACAACGAAGGUCCUCUAGGCACGUCCAAGAAUCAGCUCAGAUACAUCAAAUGCUUCAACAUCAUAGUGGAUGUCUGGGAUAUCCACAAUCUCCAGGUGAAAGAGAGGGGCUUAGAUGAUUGGUUCAGCGAUAAACUUAGAGGACUGUGA